AUGGCAGAGAAGCAGACAACGCAGGCCGAGACGGAGCAGACGACGCGUGCGGUGAGCGAUGCGUUCUCCCUCAGUGAGUGGGUGGAGGCAAACAAGACGGCCAUGCUCCCGCCGGUGGGAGCCGUCAACAUGUUCCCGGCUUCGGACUCGUAUGUCAUCAUCUGUGUCUCGGGCCCCAACAUCCGUGCCGACUACCACAUCAACGAGACAGAGGAGUUUUUCAUGCAGCUGACGGGCGAUAUGGUGCUCAAGGUCAUCGACAAUGGCGAGUUCAAGGAUGUGACCAUCAAGCAAGGCGAUGUCUUCCUCCUCCCGCCAAACGUGCCGCACUCUCCUCAGAGACCAGCUGGCACCGUCGGUCUCGUCGUCGAACGCAAGCGUGAUCCUCACCACAUCGAUCGCCUCGCCUUCUACUGCGACGACUGCCAUGAGCUGCUCUACAUGGACGAGUUCCACUGCACGAACCUGCCCAAGCAAAUCGAAGCCGUCGUCAACACCUUUUACGCCGACGAGGCUCUCCGGACCUGCCGCCAGUGCGGUGCCAUCGCCCAGAAGCCCUCCUUUGACGCUGACGACGCCUAG